AUGACGUUACUUGAAUAUCGAGAAAUUCACCAAAAAUCAUGCUCAGUUAAGAAAUUAACAGAUCUUGCUUCGAAAUUUAUGGUAAAACGUUAUAAACAAUAUUAUCAAGAUUUUCCAAAAUACAUAAAGAACGAAUGCGUUCGACAAGAUGUUGAUGCUUUGGUUCAAGAUGGUUUACUUGUACAAGAAGUUAUUAAUGGUAGACUAACGUUUUCUUUAAAGGCGGCGAACCAAGUUUCUCCCGAUAAUAAUCCCUUACAAACAUUCUUUCCCAACAAUAAUAAUAACAAUCAGCCACCAUCGACACAAGAAACAACUACUACAUCAAAUAAUCAAGUAACGACGUUACCUGAUACUGAAACAUUAUUACAACAACGACCAAUGAAUUCAUCAUCAAGGCAACCGAUAACUGCAACACAUGAAUCUAGUUUAAAUUACACAACAAUACAAUCAUCUGCAUUAAAUAUUACGACAAUACUUUCGAAACAGACAGUAGAUCCUUCGUCCGAAAAUCGUGCUACAAUGUUACAGUCAUCACUUAUUCCAUCAUCAGAUUCUCUGUCCUUAUCUGACUGGAAUCGGUCUAGUCAGGUACCGCAAGAACUUGUGAGUUGGUCUGAUACAACUGUUAAGGAAAACGAUAAUAUCACACAAACUGCGCAAACAAAUGUAAAUGUUAAUGAAGAACAACAUACGUCACCAAUCAUGAUAGCUCAUGGACAACAAGAAAAACUUAAUCACAUUCAUAAUGCUCAAUUAAAUGAUUCUGUAAAGAAUGCUGACGAAUUAGAUGAUUAUCAAUUAAUCGAUAUUAGUAAUAGUCCAACUAUUAACGUAGAAGAACAACUAUUGGAAGUAAUGGAUGAUAAUGAACAAGUGUUAGCAAAACAAUCUGCAGAUAAAAGUAACAAAGCACAAAAUGUUAUUGACGAUAAAAAUAACAAUCGUAAAAGAAAGGAAGAAUUGAAUGAAGCAGAAAUUCAUAAUGUUUAUAAUAAAGUAUUAGUAUUACGUUCACCGAUUAUAUCUGCAAGGGAUAUCACGAACUCAUCAACAUGGGCUGAUACAAAUUUGGGAAUCAUUGGGAAAUUGAAAUUUCAAAUUCAAACAAAUUGGGAAGUUGAAUAA